ACAGCCUUCACUGUUGAUGAUAGCCUAUCUAUCUCUAUAAACAAAACCAACCCCAAAGCUUUUUAGCUCCCUUCCCCAUUUUCUUGUUUCCUUUUUUUCCUCAAUGGUUGUGAAGUGAAAAAGAAAGGGGGGCUAGAAAAUGGAGAUGGGUUCAGGUUCUUCUGGGGCCAGUGACUCCCUCAAUGGUCUCAAAUUUGGGAAGAAGAUUUAUUUUGAGGAUGUGGGUAAUGGAGGAAACACUAGUGGGAGCUCUUCUAAGGGUUUGAAUGUGUCAAUGGCAGCGCCAGCGCCAGCUCAUCCUCCUCCUCCUCCUCCUCCUUCACAGAAGAAGGGGAAGGGGGUGAGCUCAGCAGGGCAGCAGCAGAGCAAUCAGCAGCAGCAGCAGCCACCAAGAUGCCAGGUUGAAGGGUGCCUGGUCGAUCUCACUGGGGCUAAAGCUUAUUAUUGCAGGCACAAAGUCUGUGGGAUGCACUCUAAGUCGCCCAAAGUCGUGGUUGCUGGAAUUGAGCAGAGGUUCUGCCAGCAAUGCAGCAGGUUCCAUCAGUUGCAUGAAUUUGAUCAAGGGAAACGAAGCUGUCGCAGACGCCUUGCUGGUCACAAUGAGCGUCGAAGGAAGCCACCUCCUGGCCCUUUAUCCCCACGUUACGGGAGACUCUCAUCUUCCAUCUAUGAUGGUAGCAGAUUCAGGAGCUUUCUCAUGGAUUUCAGUUACCCAAGGACUCAGUCUCCUCCGUCGAGAAAUCUGUGGCCUGCUGUAAGGUCCAGUGAGCGAGUGGCUGGUGGAAAUCAGUGGCUUGGAAACCCAGCUGGUCCUUGCCAUGAAAUAGUGACACAUCCAUACAUCCAUCCCUCGACUCACUACACUUCUGAGCUUCCACCGAGUGAAUGUUUUGCUGCUGGAGUCACCGACUCCAGCUGUGCUCUCUCUCUUCUGUCAACUCAGCCCUGGGGAACCACUUCCUGUGCUGCCCCCAGAAACCGAGCCCCAAAUAUCUCUGCCAGCAUUGGCCUAGGUGGUACUCCAAUGGGCCAACCGAUCAUCCCGAGCAAUCAUUGCAUGGCUCAUCCAUGGGGUUUCAAGAAUCAUGGAGCUGGUACUAGUCAUCAUGAGAUCCAGCAUGAUAUGGGAUUAGGACACUUUGAUGAUGAUGGCAACGGUCAGUUCUCUGGGGAGCUCGAGCUCGCUCUGCAAGGGAACAGUCAGUGCCCGGCUCAUGGUCCAGUGCGGGCUUAUGACCAUUCUGGCCACGGUGGGCAUUGGUCUCUCUAAAUGACCGUUCUGGCUUUGGUGUGGACCGAUAUUGAUUAUGUAGGUGAUGAAUUAUUGUAUGGAUUUCUUGAUGGUUUAUGUAUUACCCUUAUCUAGAAGGUUGUUUGUUAUCUCCUCUCUGAGGUAUGAUGAACCUGUUUGCUUUGGACCUGAAUUUGCCUGUGGUGGCCUGUUGUUUGUAACUGCUAUCUUAAAACAGUCUUCUGCUAUCUAAUGUUGCCCGGGUUGCUUGCAGCUUUGCUUGCAGCUACUUGUUUCUGUA